AUGUCACCCAAGGGCCAGACCCUUUGCCUCCUGCUAACGGUGGCCUGCCCGUGGCUGCCCUGUGAGGCCAUCGAGUAUGUUGAGUUCCUGAAAAGGCACCUGGACUACCCCAAGUCCACCUUUGGAAAUGACAACGCCUAUUGCGAGGCGAUGAUGCACGACAGAGGCAUGUUGUGUUGGCAGAGCAACACCUUCGUCCACGCCAGCGAGUACGAGGUGCAGUCCCUCUGCAGCUCCAGGGGGCACCUGGUGGCAGAACUGGAGAGGAGCUCCAUCCCCUUCCCCAUCACCGUCUGCUCCAGGAGAGGGAAGAAGCCCCAAGGGGCUUGCAGCUACGAGGGGAAGAGCCUGACCAAGGAGAUCUGGGUCACCUGCCUGAAAGGCCUCCCCGUCUACUUCAACAAAUAUGGGUAG